UCUCAGGACAAAGUACUUUUCCAUCCCAUGCACUUCUGUUAAACUGUAUAAUAGCAUUUAGGGUGUUUUGAUCAUCGGGGGGAAAAACUAAGUGCUACGUCAUAGUUGCCCUACCGGCGUCAUACUCUCCCCCUAGCGGUAGACUUAGUUAACACGCCUAGUGACAAAGCUACAUGGGUUACUUAUUAACGUUAACCCAGGUUCAUUGCUCAUCGGGGAACCUGCGAAGCAAGAUACUUACAGGCCAUGCUGACCUGUUGCAUGUGAAAAAUGGAAGUUGUCAGCAAAGGAACGGCCAGUGCGGAUGACGGGGACGGGGUUUUCUCCAUCAGUCCCAAUGAAGAAGAAGAUGUUAGGGUUCAGGUUUCGCACACGGCUGCCGGAGAGGAAGAACUCGCGGCUGAAAUAAUAAUUCUCCCAGACCGCAAGUCCCAUGUGUCAAGUGAUGGGGAUGCAGCACGGGCUUUCCUGGAUCACCCAAAAUCAGAAGUUAGCUCCGCAAAACUAUGCCAUCGCUUCAAGUAUUGCGGGAACGAAAGUGAUCCCGAAGCGGCGGACACAAGAGGAAGUUUAGUCUCGGAAGCCCCAGGAAAGCGGAGAGGCUGCCCAGGCCUUGGUCUGUUUUACGCUCUGCUGGCGUCCACUUUCUUCUCCAUUGUAGCUCUCCUGGUGAAGAAAGUGGAGGGAGUUCAUGCUGUGGAAAUCAGCGCCAUCCGCUGCUUUUUCCAAAUGACAUUUGUUCUGCCAGCACUGAUUUAUUAUAAAACCGGCUUCCUAGGACCAAGAGGACAACGGAUCUUCCUGUUUCUGAGAGGGAUCCUUGGGUCUAAUGCCAUGAUCCUCUUAUAUUAUGCCGUGCAGCAGAUGCCACUAGCUGACGCGACCGUCAUCGUCUUCAGCAAUCCGGUCUUCACCACCGUGCUGGCCUGGAUCUUCCUCAAGGAGAAGUGUACAAUCUGGGAUUUUGUUUUCACCAUUUUUACACUGACGGGGGUCAUACUAAUCGCCAGACCUCCGUUCCUCUUCGGAUCAGAUGCUUCCGGAAUCGAGGGAGAAUACACAAACCACAUCAAGGGCACCAUUGCAGCCUUUAUGUCUGCAGCUGGGGCAGCCUGUACUUUAGUGGUGCUCAGGAAGAUGGGUAAAAACGUGCACUAUUACCUAUCUGUGUGGUAUUACGCAGUCAUUGGUCUCAUCGAAUGUCUCAUCGCGUUAUUCGUCAUAGAUGAGUGGACUGUACCAUUCUGUGGGUGGGACAGGUGGAUCCUGAUGGCGAUAGGAGUCCUCGGAAUCGCUGGGCAGACAUUUCUCACCAAAGCGCUGCAAAUUGAAAAAGCAGGACCCGUUGCCCUGAUGAGGACGAUAGACGUAGUGCUGGCCUUCUUCUUCCAGUUCACCUUUCUUGGCCGCAGUCCAACGUGGUUGAGCUUGGGCGGCGCACUGUGCGUGAUAAGCAGCACUACCGGGGUGGCCGUGAAGAAAUGGUACAGCAGCACCAGGAAGCACUGACUGAGCAGCCACUGUGCCCAGUGAGAGACGCCUACACUUAAACACUGUACUCCUUCAGCACUGGAAAUAUUAUUCAUAAUAUUCAGCUUUUAUAACUUACACAAUUUUCCAAAUGUUGGUCAGGGGCACAAGGGCGAGUCUGGUGUCUGGUGUCUGGCUUAGGGCACAAAGCUGGGGCACUCCCUGGACGGGAUGCCAGCCCAUCACUGGGCAUAUACUUACGGCCACACUCCUAUGCUAUGGGCAAUUCAGAGACACCAGUUAGCCAAACGGACUUGUACAUGGAGGAAACGCACAUUUCAUCCAGAGGGCAUGCAAACUCCACACACACAGAGCAGAAGCAACAUGCUUGAUUCCAUUAUAUAUGUGAUUUUAUUAAUCCUCCCUUUACAAACACACACUUUCCCAAAUCUUUAUACUGUACUGUAGUUUUUCUGUUUAUUUACACAGGACAUUUCCUGGCACUACCAAGUAGAAAAUUAGAUACUGUAUUUUAUUUUAAAUGGCACUGGGUAUAUAUCAAUAUAAUACUGCCAAGAAUCAAAUGUUUAUCUAAUUGCUGGACUACAAAGCUAUAAACCAAGAAUUGCUUUUCAAUGGAAUGUAACAGACAUAUUCUGGCUCAUUUUAAUGCUAUCCAUCCAUCCAUCCAUCUUCUGUACUCGCUUACCCUACUCAGGGUCACAGGGUUGCACAUUAAGUCAUGCGAGACCAAAGUAACGAAAGAAAUAAAAGUUUUAAAAAACCCUCAUGAUCAGGGGAGGGUUUUCCGGAACCUUAACACUACUGUAUGUCGUUCCUAAGUUCUAUGUUAAAAGAUAGAACUUAAGAAUGACGUAUCGACGUAUCGUUAAGGAGGCUUGGGGAAAUUCACCCCAGCACAGUGGAAUCUACUGCACCCUUAGUAUUGUAGCAAAACAAUACUGUGCCUCAAAUGACACUUGUUACUGUAAAGCAUGCUUUCACCUUAUGAUAAUUAACUUUACUGAGCAUAAUUGCACUCAAUAUUGUCUUAUGUGAUGCAGUGUAUACUGUUGUUCGUGGUCUAGUUUCAAGUAAUAAAGAUGACUGAAAACCCA